AGAAUCGAUGACAGAAGAAAGGAACAAUUUGUCCCACCGGCGUUUUAUUUAGUAGCAGAAGGUCGUUCGCAGCUGGCAGCAGUUUGGCAAUAUUUAUAGCCAGAAAGUGACGUAAAUAAUUUAACUUUGUUUGAAGUUUGGAACUCGACGCGUGGAGUAAUGUGAGUAUUACGUUAAAAAAACAGCGGAACGUAGCCAUACGUCGUGAUUGGUUGGGCUGUUGGAAAUCUUGCUAGCUAACGUUAGCAGCUGACUGCCGUAACUAACGAUAGUUACGCUCGCAGUUCGGAAAGCGGCUGUGCUAACGCUACGUGUUCAUUAAUAUACCCGCACCGAAGCAGCGUGCAGGUUGGACUGGACCCUUGAAUCUCUGUGCCCUCGGUCUUAAAGCAGACCCCGGGCUAGCUCGACAGACCCAGGAUCUCCCUCUCUUGAAGCGGAGAGGCUGACUUGAUGGCAGCCUCGACCGGUGCCCGGAGAUUACCCAUGGGUGUUCGGACGUUCAGUGACUUUCUCCAGAUCGCCACUGUGGGAUCCCCUCGCUCGUGUCGCACGGCGGUGCAAAGAGGAUGCCUGCGACAAAACAUCAGACACUUGUCGUCAUGUGGAAUUUUGAUGACAAGAAGUCCCAGGGUGCUUUGCCUUCAAGAUUGUGACACAAUGACAGCGGUUUCCCAAAGCAGAAGCUUCAUCAGCCUCACCAACAAAAGGAAGGAGUACUCUGAACGUAGAAUACUUGGGUAUUCUAUGCAGGAAAUGUAUGAUGUUGUGGCCAACGUUGAUGAGUACAAGCACUUUGUGCCUUGGUGUAAGAAGUCCCAGACCAUCAUGAAAAGAGCAGGUCACUCCAAAGCCCAGCUUGAAGUGGGAUUUCCUCCAGUAGUGGAAAGAUACACAUCUAUGAUCACUAAUGUUAGACCUCAUCUAGUCAAAGCAGUGUGUACAGAUGGAAAGCUCUUCAAUCACCUGGAGACGAUAUGGCGCUUUAGUCCUGGCAUUCCCGGUUACCCUCGUACCUGCACCGUAGACUUUUCUAUAUCCUUCGAGUUCCGCUCUUUGCUGCACUCACAGUUAGCCACCAUGUUCUUCGAUGAAGUGGUAAAGCAGAAUGUUGCUGCAUUCGAGCGGCGAGCCGGCAAGCUUUACGGCCCAGAGACUCGCAUCCCACGAGAGCUGAUGUUUCAUGAGGUGCAUCAGACGUGAUCUCAGCAACUGUACGUCUUCAUCUGGCCUUAAACCGUACCCUGUUUAUUCCCUCAAUAAACUUGCAUGAUGUGGCUUAGCAGGCCACUACAUCAAAUCUCCACUGCUUCAUAGAUGUUAUAGCGGCUACCAAAGGUGUAGCGCAUCUAACGCUUGCAAACAUAAUGUUGUAAUUCCUGCCUUAGUAAAUUUUUGCUCACAUCCCUUCUCAUUGUGUUAUGUUUGUCCAUUUUCUGUCUACCUCCAGAUCCUUGUUUAGCAGAAAGAACAGUAAGUCAUCGCAGCAUUGUUACAUUGUGCUGGACACUCAGUUAUUACUUUAAACUUAAACUUCGGUUUUUCUAUAAGACACAGUCCCUUUUGCCGAAGCAGUUGUCUCACUGUAACUUGAGGUUACUACUAUCAAGUGAACUUCAGCUCUAAUAUAUUGGGAAAGCACAUUCUUUGCUUUUACACUUAGCAUUGACUUCAUUUCAAAUGGAAAUAGUAAUAUAUAGUUUGAAAUAAAGUACUGGUAUUGCUGCAAAAUAAUAUUGCUUUUAGUUCUUUAAUUUAUUCAGCAGCACUUUUCAACCAGUUUUAUAGGGGCUCAUAUUGACAGUGCCAUGCUAUAAGAGCAUUAUUGUAGGUUAGUAUGAAGUGCAAAGGAGGAAAAUUAGCUGUGGCCUCAGUAUGCUAGGAUUUGAGAAAUGUCACUUUAACUUGGAUGCUGUGAGGAUUGGGCUUUAGAACGUUAAAAAAGAAAAAUUAGCAUAGUAGUUUUAAUACUGCCUUGUUUUACAGCCCAGCACUAGUAUCAGUUAGUAAAGGUGGGGAAAUAAGAAUUAGCACAACCAAGAACCCCUGUUGAAACUGAAAAAUCUGCAGUACUGUAAAAGGUAUCACAAAGAAUGUAAGAAGAGUACAAUGUUACACUCAAAAAUUAUCUUUAUGAUCGAUUAACAACAAAAGAAGAAUUGGAAAUUAAAAUGGCUUCUUGUGAUUUGAAUGUGGCUUAUAUUGUAAUUGGAUCAAAAAUAACUAAACAUUGCCAUGUUAUGUGGAUUCUAACUGUUAGGAGUCAGUUUAGGUUAUAGUUUAAAAAAUGUAGGUGUGUCCUUGCUUAGUGGGCUGUUUUGUGUUUAGAUUGUUUGAAGGUGAUCCGGAGGAUGAAACACUCGAGUCAUCUAUCUAUAAAUUGUAGCGGUGGGCUGUAGAAUAAAACAUUACUUAUUUAUCAAUGAGUUUCAUGCUUAUUUGUUGACAUUUCGGCUUAUCUUUACACACAUUUUGAUGCAUGGAUAUAAGUAACAAAGACAAAUAUAUUUGUAGCAUUUAUGUGUUGCAUUGUCAGGACUUGACUUAAAUUUAAAAUCAAGCAGCCCUUUCACAGUAUUCUGUGAUAAAGGGCUAUUAAAGGUAACUGAUUGUAUUUUGCUACAUUUUAAAGGUGACUCGUAAGUUGCUAAAGAAGUAAUUUAGUGUGACCUUCUCUGUGAAAAAUGUUUCAUUUUGUCCAAAUGGUCCAGUAAACCUAAAAGGUGUUUUCGUAUUUUUGUGAAACUGAAGUAUGUUGUUUUAUUUUUGGUUAGUAAAGUGAUUUGGGAAUUGAGGAAAAAUGAGUCAUCAAAACCCAAUACAGGCGUAUUCAGUCUGAGAAUCACUGUUACUAUUUAAAAAAUAAAAUAAAAUAAAUAAAUACAUUUAAAAAUGGUUUGAGGUAAAAUCAUUGAAUACCACUUUUGUGUAUUAUGUUGCAAUUUGGCCUUUGCUUCUUUUCAAAUUUUGAUAGUACACAAUCAAGAUAUGAUUGAAGUGUAGUUCCAGCGUCUUUUUUUUUUUUUCUU